AUGGCACCACGUCGCCUCUACACGGUAUAUAAACUCAAUCACAGGAAAAAGUUUGAACCAACAAAGCAUGGGGACCAGGGAAAUGGUUACAUCGAUACAAGGAAAAGGAACGGUCACAUGGAGAAAUAUAACGCUGAGCAGUUUUUCUUCAUCAGUCGUCUGCGACAGAAACACACAUGUGACUGCUCCAAAUCCAUGUCCAGCAUGUACGCAGCGAUAGAUACCGAGGAAAGGAGCGCGUUCAACCGACGCCGAGUCAAGCAACUCGAGAAGUACCACAAAAGACUCGAGUCUUCACAAGAAAAACUGUACAUAGUAAAAGGGUCGGUCCCACUAAGUUACCCGGUCAGAGGGUUAACAGUCGCACCGGAAGGUACCAUUGCGAUCCGAGGUCUUGAAGUGUUGGAUACAAAAGAAAGACUGGAAUAUAAGAUUCAACUGGUGACAUCUAAGUAUGGAAUACUUGACGUCACGGCCGAAGUCUCCGAAGUGCAUUCGGAAGGACUCGGGGAGAAGUCGUUGACCAUUCGGAGCCGAAAAUUACCGAAGAUUAACCACCAACUCCAGUAUGUGGUGUACUCCAACACAGUGUAUGACGUCGGAGCAACAGAAAUCAACGAAGACAUCGCGUCCAAAGUGACCGUGAUCACCAAAACUUUUCUCCGGUAUGCUUCCAUCCGGGCUCUUUUGGCCAGCAUCCGGGCAUUCUAUCCCAACAUCCGGGUGAUUGUGGCUGAUGACAGUCGUCCAAUAGAAAACCUUCAGGCAGAUCACGUGGACCAUUUUGUGAUGCCGUAUGCUCUAGGUUGGUUUGCGGGUAGAAACCUGGCAGUUUCACAGGUGACCACGCCUUACUUGGUCUGGGUUGAUGACGACUUCGUGUUCGGCAAGAGGACAAAGUUGGAAAGACUGGCCAGUGUUCUGGACAAUACAACCUUGGACUUGGUUUCUGGCAAGGCAGGUUUCGGCAAAGUGAAACACACGAAGAUGACGGUCGUCCCAGGCGACAGAGACGGCGACUGCCUGCUCAUACACGACCGCCGACACUGGGGACAAGUCCCGGGGUUUCCACGGUGUUAUUAUUCCACCAGAGUCACCAACUUCUUCAUGGCCAGAACGGACAGCGUUCGCGCGGUUGGAUUUGACCCGAAGUAUACCAGGCACGGACACACGCAGUUUUUCGUAGCUGCGAUGGGGAAACUCAAAAUGGCCGCUUGUGAUGACGUCAGAAUUGGUCACAGGAGAACGCAAACGAUGGAAUAUAACGUCUUCCGUUACCAAGAUACAGGGUAA